AUGUUACCCCAUAAAAAUUUAACCGAAAUAUCUUUGGACACACUUGAAGCGAGCGAAAUGCUUCUUUCUUUGUCGAAGAAACCUAUCUUAAUUCCUUCGACAUAUUUCCCAAAAGAGAGAACCCCUGACGAUACUUCUCUUCCAAUAAUAAAACAAAUUCAUGAGGAAAUUGAUACCGAUGAAAAUGCAAUUUCAACUUCUGGUAUCUUAGAUAGCAAUUUUCCAGUUAAAGCUGCUAAAUAUUCGAUGAGAAUUGAAAACGAAAUGCCUAUGAAUACCAAAACUGAUGAUAACCCAGCAAAUCUUGUUAUUUCACCAAAGAUUGAGAAUUUGCUCAAUUCCGCAGCUACAGAAAAUUACUACGAACAAAAAAUUUCAAGCCAAAUGAAUCGCACACUACCACCACUUUUAUCAUCAGAAAUGCCUUUUCCCAAACCCAAGUUGGAAGAAUAUCAUCAAUAUUAUUCGGAAUCAAGCCCUAAAAAUCAUAGUAAUGACUACAAAUCAGAAAAUAAAUCACUGAAAUUCCCGUGUUCAGAUCCGACAUGUGAGCAAUGUUGCGAAAACACACUAUCGAUGAUUAAUAGUGGGCUCUACAACUCGAUGCGCAUUAUUUCUACUACGUCAGCCAACCGUUCUUCGAAUUACUCUGAUUCUUUGCAAUCGAGCUCGUCAAACAUCAAAAAAUCCAAUCAAAAAGAAGGAAAAAAAGGUUAUAACUUGAUGCGAGAGAAAUCAUCGGUUAAGAAUAAAAAUUCACUUGAACAAAAACGAGUGCGUAGGAAGUUCAAAUAUUUCGCUGAUAACUCUUCCUCAGCUUCUACACAAACUACAUCAUCUUCAACAUCAUCGGUUAAUUCUCAAAGUCCAAAUAAUGCUGAAAUUCCGAAAACUCGUCAAGGUGAACUACUUCGUUGUGCGAAUUGCGGUACUCGAGACACUCCAGCAUGGAGACGAGAUUUACAAGGCGUCGCCUUAUUGUGUAACGCUUGUGGAAUUUAUUUGAGGCUUCACAAUCGCCAUCGUCCAUUUCAAAUCGAUCCUGAUGGCGAAAUUCAUAUCUCAAAAGAUCAAAGCAACAAAUGUGCUGAAAGCCAAAAAAACGAGAUGAAUUCUCGUAUCUCUUCAUUCACUCAAUGGGAAGCGGAACCAAGAAGCCAAUCAUUUCGAUACAAACCUUAUUGA